AUGCUGCUCGCGGAUUUCCUUGCGCGUACGGACAGCCGAGCCUUCACAGAAAAUAAACUCAAAGGUCAAAAUGUAGCUAUAGAUGUGCUAGACCGGCAAUUUCUCCAACAAAUCACCAGUAGCUUCUCGACCUUCGUGAAAUCACAUCCUCUGCAGAGCACUGUAAUCAUGUCUAAAUUUUUUGUUGUUUUGAUCGCCGUCCUAGCGACCGCCGCCGCCAAACCACAAAAAUUGAGCGUGAUUGUCCCGGAACCAGAAACCCAAUCCACCGAUCAUGUUUCCGCCAUUGCAGUCUCAGGAGAUUUCUCGUCUCACGGAGGCAAGAAGUACUCUUCUAGCGCUGAACUCACCAGUUUGGCUCAUUCUUCGGCACUUCAAGCCAGAACGGCUGUACAGAAUCAACAAGUAGCCGGCGUUCAAGCAGCUGCAGGAGCUCAGAACGGAUUUGCUCGUGCCGCACAAGAAGCUGCCCACGCCGCACGAGUAGCUUUAGUCGCCAAGCAAGUUAUUGUUCAAAAUUUACAGGAGCAAGUUGAGGAUGCUGAACAUCAGUUGCAAGCUGAAGAAGGACAGUAUCAAAGAUCUCUCGAAGCCGCCAGUGCAGCUCAAAAUGUCGUUCAGCAAAGCCAACAGCAAUUAAGUGCCGCUACUGCUACUCUUGCUGCCGUCCAACAGUCUGCCACUACAACAGAACGUGCCGCCGCUACUGCUUCACAGGCUGCUGCUACCCAACAUCAAAUGAUUCAGGAUGCUCAGCAAAGACUUGGAAGGCUGCACCUUCGAUUGGAUGAAGCCUUAGCUGGAUUAGCUGAAACUCAGCAGUCGGCACAAAGAGCUGCUGCUGCCGCACAACAAGCUCAAAAUAAUGCCGAAGCUUCUGCACAACUGGCUGUAGUAAACAGCGCUACCAACCAGAUCAGUGAACAUGAUUCCAGUUCAAAGUUGUACCAUCGUUAAGUUCUAAGAAGACUGAAAAUGUCGUGUUCACUCAUUCUGUAUAUAUUCAUUGUCAUCGGUUAUAUUUAAAUAAAGUUAGUGUAUAUUAACAGGA